UGGCGGCGGACUACCAACAAGGAGACAGCACCUAGUAAACGCGACUGGCAGCUAACGAGACACCGUUAGUUUUUUAUGAGUUAUUUCUGUGAUAUUUCGCAUGAAGCAGUUUCCGUCUUGUUGUAGCCACAGGGACAGCGGUGAUGGAAGACGAGGAGAGGCAAAAGAAGCUGGAGGCCGGCAAAGCAAAGCUGGCUGAGUACCGCCAGAGGAAAGCUCAUGCGGACUCCCAAAAGAAACAGAAGAAGAAGAAGAAAAAGAAGCCAGCAGAGGACUCGGAGGGAGAUUCACAGGGGAGGGUGGAGGUCGAGCCGGAUCAGUCUGAGGCAGGGGAGGAGGUCUCAGGUGGAAGACUAGAUGGAGCACAAGAAGGGAAUACAGACCCGCCCACUACAGAAUUUACUUUCGCCCGGACGCUGCGGAGCGGAGAGACUGUCAAGCAUGACCAGACCUACACCAUAGAGCCGGAGAGUGAAAUGUCCACAACUGCUGAGGAUUGUUCCUCCGAGGUAAAUGGGUGCCAUGAUGAGAUGAUGACAGACAGCCUAAUGAUGUCUCCUAAGGAUUUUAUCUGGGAGGAGGUGGAGGCUCUGCACCAGGUGACAAAGGGAGUAAGGAAGCAGGAUAUGGAGGAUGCACUCGCUGCCAAGAGCCUGGCCGUGGAGGAGCUGAGUCGAGAGCUGGAAGAAAUCCGGGCUGCUUUCGGCAAAGACGGAGUACAACAGCUGCAGGACUUCGAGGCUGCUCUGAAGCAGCGCGACGGGAUCAUCACCCAGCUCACAUCCAACCUCCAGCAGGCUCGAGAAGAGAAAGACGAGAUCAUGAAAGAGUUCCUUGAGCUGACUGAGCAAAGCCAGAAACUUCAAAUUCAGUUUCAGCAGCUGCAGGCGGGGGAGACGCUAAGGAACACGAGCCAUAGCAGCACUGCAGCGGACCUCCUGCAGUCCCGGCAGCAGCUCGUUCAGUACCAACAGCAGCUGGAGGAGAUGAACAUGGAGGUCAAGGAGCAGCAGGACCGGAGCAGUGAACAGCUGGAGCACAUCAGCCAGCUCCAGCGCGAGCUCAGGGAGAUGGAGAUGUCAGGAAGAAGAUCAGAAGAAUCGCUCACACUGAGAAUAGAUGAAAAGGAUCUGCUUAUUGAUGAACAAAAAACUGUUAUUUUGAGUCUGGAGCAGACGCUGGCAGACUUCAGAACAGCGGAGGAGUCUUUUGCACGCACACUGGAAGAGAGGAACGAGCUCAUUUUAAAGCAAACCUCAGUAAUCGAAGAACACGAGCUGUCAGUCACCCUGCUCAGAGAAGAGGUCGCUCGUUUUGGACGGACUGCGGAUGAGAGUGUGAGACACCAGUCGGAUGAGAAAGAUCUGACCAUAGCGGAGAAAGAGAGGGUGAUUUCAGAACGUGACUGCUCUCUCGCUCAGCUCAAGGAUGAGCUGGAUUCCUCAGCAAAACACCUGUUUGACUUCCAAGAGCAAAUGUCUGCAAAAGAAUCAGAACAUAAAAGAUGUACGGAUGAGUUGGAGGGAACACGGUCCGACUUACGAAGCUGUAGAAGUGAAAUCGAAAGUUUGAAAUUGGAGUUGGAGAGAGAGCGGACAGAGUUUGAAAGCUGUAAGGACGAGCUCGCAGCCUCCAGACAGAAAGAGCGAAUGUCAUCUACUGAAAUCAUGCAGCUCAUGGGCACAGUAGAAGACCUGCAGAAGCGUUGUCACCAGGGCAGUCUGUCCGAGGGCGAAAAGAUGCAGGAAGAGACCGAAAGGAAGCUGGAACUUCUCAGGGCGGAGCUGGACGAGAUGUACGGAGAGCAAAUCGUCCACAUGAAGAAGGAGCUUAAUUUGCGGCACGCGGCGGAAAAGGAGCAAAUGACCGAGCGACACCGCACCGAGCUGGAGGCUCUGAAAGCACAGCAGCUUUCUCAAAGCUCCAAAGUCAGUGCCGAGGAGGUGGGACGUCUCAACGCAAGGAUUAAAGAGCUUCAAGACACGUUAAAGCAAUCCAAAACAAAGCAUGAUAAAACCAGACACGAGCUCAGCCAAGUCGCCCAAGAGAAGGUCAGCCUUCAAGCCGAGGUGGAGAACCUUCUUCAGGAUCUCCGUUCUGCCAAAGACAAAGUGGAGCAGGUCUCCCACGGUCUUAUCUCUCAGGAAAGCCAAAAGGGUGAACUGCAGCGCCUUCAGGAGACUAUCGACAAUCUAAAAAGGGAGCUGUGGGACGCCCAGGAAGCGGCGCAGGAGGCGGAAGCAAAACACGAGUCGGAAAUAACCAACUACAAGAUCAAGCUGGAGAUGCUGGAGAGGGAGAAGGACGCCGUGCUCGAUCGCAUGGCCGAGUCGCAGGAAGCAGAGCUGGAACGACUCAGGACGAAGCUUCUGUUCAGCCACGAGGAAGAGCUCACCACUCUGCGGGAGGAACUGCAAAGGGAGCAUUUCCAGAACACAGAAAACCUCGUCAACAAAGCUGCUAUCAAACAGGAGAGGGCGCUGGAAAAGCUGCGUGUUAGUUACAAUGAGCAAAUGCAUUUGUUACAAAGGGAGAGUGCAAGUUCUGCCACGGAGCGAGACGAGCUUUUGCACCAAAUAAACGGACUAAAAGAGGAUCUGAAGCUCGCGUUGCACAGCUCCAAAGCUGACGAGCUGGUCCAGCAGCUUCAGGAGCUUCAGGUGGAGCUCGAGGAGCUGAGAAAGGGAGAGGAAGCUCGAGGUCGAAUGGAAAGAGAAAUUCAGACGUUACUGAAAAAGAAAGAGGAGCUUGAAAAGGACUCGAAAGAGAAAGAACAAAGUUGGGAAUUGGAAAAGGAGGCGUUGAAGGAGUCUAAUGACACUUUGAGAGAAGAGCUGGACUCAAAAGUGUUGCAGAUUGAGAUGCUUACGGCAGACAUCAAUCAAACGCAGCAACAAGUGGCCAAGCUCGGUGAUGAAAUAGAAAAGCAGAGGACCACUUUCUCUUUUGCAGAGAAGAAUUUUGAGGUUAACUAUCAGGAGCUGAAGGAGGAGUACACUUGUCUCGUCGAGGCAAAGACGCAGCUUGAAGAGCGGAUGCUGAGGCAGACACUGGAGUUCGAGGUUAGAAUUGCCAGCUUUCAUUCACAGAUUCAGGAGCUGGAGGAGAGCAGCAAAGACGGCAGAACAGGGGACGGGAAUUCAGACGGUUUUGAACAAUCCGCAAUCGAAGAAAAAGAUACCACGGAGCUGAUGGAGAAGCUUAAUGUUACUUUGGGUGAGAAGGAGAGCUUGGCUGGGAGGCUUUCUGAAGUUACAGAAAAACUGAUGUUUACUGAAAGAAGAGUGGAACAGCUUGAAGAAGAGCGGACGAAAUUGAGAGCUGAAAGCGCAGAGGUCAGCGCCAAAAAUAAAAGCCUAAGGAAUGAGCUCGAAAAGGAGCAGAAGAUUAUGAGAGGGAAGACGAGGAGGCAGGAUGCCCAGAGAAAGGUCCAGCAAGAUGAGCAAGCCGUCGAGCCGGUUUGCUCUUUUGGGGAUCAUCAACUUCAGAUUCAAUCUUUCCAAGAGGAGAUAAAGACUCUUCAAUCCCUCUUACAGGCAGCGGAGUCAGAGAGAGACGGCAUCCAGGAGAGCCUGGAGCUCCAGAGGCUUUCGCAGACUCCGUCCAUAGCAGCGGCAACAACAACAACUCAAUCCACAGGGGAGGGACCUGUUGAAGGGCAAUCCUCGCCGCAAAAGUCCACCGCCUCAGGGUCAAGCAGGCGCAGGAGAAGGCAGAGGUCGAAACAGGAGCGCAAAGCGGGCAGCGCUCUGGCAGACUGCAGAGAAGAAGGAACACAAAGGGAGGAGGAGGAGGAGGUGGCGGAGGAGGAAGAGAGAGCUACAAGUGCUGCAGAGCCGGAGAUGCAGCCUCAGACGCAGAGCCAGGUUAUGUCAUGCUCACCGGAGAGGGCCGGCAAGGAGGACUCCACAGACGGGUACCAGGGAGACUACAUCGACAAAAAGGUGAGCAGACAUGGGGCAGGCCACCGCGUGCAGCCUCCCGGGCGUCAGGGUGCGGAGGAAGAGGGCGAGACAACCGAGCAUGGCGAGUGCAGGCUGCAGAUGGAGGCCCAGCGCAUCAGCCUCUCUCAGAUCCACGCCGCCCAGCUCGAGCUGCUGCAGGAGGAGACUGACGCCCGCACCAGCUCGCUGCAGUUAAAACUGCAGAACCUAAAAGAGCAUGGCGACAAGGAUGAGCCGAAUGUCAAAUACCACAAUAUGUUACAGGCUGUGUCAGAGGAAUGCAGUGACAUCAUUCAGUGUUUUCAAAGGAUUUUUGGUGAAGAGUUUUUGGAGAGUGUUGAGGGUCGGCCAUCCUCCUCAGUGGAAAAACCAGAAACUAGUGAAUCCACCUCCAUUUUACUGGAGGCCAGGGAGCUCUACAGAGAUCUUCAGCAGGUGCGGGAGAGGAUUGAGCAGGAACAUCUUCGACUGUCGCAGCUCCAGACUCUGCUAAGAGCCGAUGGAAACAAAAUGAUGAAGCUGCAGACAGCUUAUGAAGAACUGAAGAGCAGCAGUGAGAGGGAGAUCUCUGACCUGCGUGUGCAAGUGUCCAGCUUUGGCAGCCCGAGCAAAGAUCUGGAGGAGCGUGCUGCUGCACCAUCUACCAGCCUGAGCCAGGAAGUGCAAAGGCUGAAGGCAGAGGAGCAGAAGAAGCAGCUCCAGCUGGAGGAGAGUCACAGACAGGAAGUGGAGCGUCUCAGAGCUCACUACCAGCAGCAGGCCACAGAGACCGAGGAGCGGUACCUCACUGAGAUCUUGGUGCUGCAACAGCGACUGCAGGAGGUCACGGGGACCGACAUCCACUUCAGCGCUCCUGAGUCAAGCUCGCAGAGGAUGGAGGGACACAGGGAGGAGCCAGCAAAGGACCGGUCCGAGAAGGAGUUAUCCCAGGUUGGUGCAGAGUUACGCUGGCCCGGCCAGCCUGCAGGCCUGACAGCACAGCUACAAGCGCUGAGGAAAGCUCUCUACCACAAGUACAUCCAGGAAGUAGCCGCUCUCAAAGAGCAGCACAGCAGGGAGCUGAGGAGACUGAGAGAAGAGAAGGAAGAGGAGCCGAAAAGAGAGGAGCGUUCGGGAGAGAGAGGAGAGAGGGAGCAGGGCGUUCAUGGUGUGAACGGAGCAGGAAGCUCCACUGAGAGCCUCGGGGCCGCUGCGCUGGAAGAGAAACAAGACUGGGAGAGAGUGGAGGAGGAAGUCGCCAAGGUCAUAGUGCAGAUGUCUGUGGAGUUUGCACAGCAGACCGAGAUGGCCCGAAUCAACAAGAGUGCCUGUCAGACCAACACCUCCAUGCAGACCCAGUUGGAUGAAGAGGAGGUCGAGGACAACGACGAGCAGACUCCCAUAUGUUCUCCCGGCUGGCUGCACGAGUUGGAGAAGGAGCGGCUGGAGAGGGAGCUGAUGGAGAAGAACGCUGAGAUCACAAAGUUAAAGGAGGAGCUGCAGAAAAACAAACCGGGACCCCAGCAGACCUUGAGGACCCGAGAAGAAGAAGAAGAAGUUGAAGAGGAAGAUCCAGGAGGGGCGAGAGGAAAGCAGGCAGCAGGAAGCAGAGUGUCCACAUGGAAUGAUGGAGAGUAUCCCGAUAAAGAAACUGAAAGAAACGUCCUGCAUAAGGCAAACGAGACACUCAGUCAGGUUCUUGUUGACGUCCUGAAAACUACGGCAGCGGCUGAAGAAACGAUUGGCCUGCACAUGAAAAGUCUGCGAGACGCCUCCAGUGGAGGGCAGCAGGGCUCACCGCCGCUCUCCCCCCCACAGAGAGCUAUGAGACCUCAUUCUGCAGGUCACUCACCAGGAAGUUCUCUGACCGGUGCAGAGGAUGUGAGUUUGUGGUCCGGGGAGACGGAGACUGACGAGGGUCUGGAGCUGUCCCAGCAGAUGAUUGACAGCCUGCUGUUGGGGGCGGGAACUCAGCUGGAGAACGAGGAAUACCUGAUGGGUAUCAGCAGUCGACUCCAGACGGCUCUGAAGAAGAUGUUGAUAGCGAUCACAGACACAAGCAACCAGCUCGAACAUGCCCGGAUGACCCAGACAGAGCUGAUGCGCGAGUCCUUCCGCCACAACCAGGAGAUGAGCGAGCUGCUGCAGAAGCAGGAGGAGCUGCAGGAGAGGCUGUCCGAGGAGGCCCGGGCACGAGAGCAGCUCGCUCUGGAGCUCCACAGGGCUGAGGGUGUGAUUGAUGGCUACACGGGCGAGCGGGUUGCGUUGGACGAGCAGUUGCGUCAGAAGGAAGAGCUCCAGCUGAGCCUCGAGCAAGAGCUGCAGGUGACAAGUAGCCGGCUGCACGAGUUGGAGCAGGAGAGGCUUGAGAUGCAGGAGGAGCGAGAGCUGCUGUCACGGCAACAAGAUGCCAUGAGGGAGCAAGCUGGGCCCCGCGAGCUCCGCCUAGUUGAAGCUGCAAUGGUUGCAGCACCUGAAGCAGACCUGCUGGAGGAGACGGAGAAGCUGAUGAAAGAGAAGGUGGAGGUCCAGCGUCAGGCGGAGAAGGAGAACGCCGACCUCCUGAAGCAGGUGAAGCUGCUGGAGGCGGAGCUGGAGGAGCAGGUCAACAAGGUGAUCGAGCUGGAGCACGCUCAGAGGACGGAGAGCGGGGACCUCCAACAGCAGAUCCAGGCUCUGGAGAAACAGCUGGAGAAGAACAGGAGGUUCCUCGACGAACAAGCCGUGGACCGGGAACAUGAGAGAGAUUUCUUCCAGCAGGAGAUCCACAAACUGGAACAACAGCUGAAGAAUCCACAUAAGCUUCAGAGCGGCUCCGAGCAAAGACACUCAGAGGUGGAGCAGCUGACCUCCCAGCUGAAGGAGAAGGCGGAUUGGUGCAGUGAGCUGCUGCUCAGCUCCGAGCAGCUGCGUCGUGAGUUGGGAGAGCGGGACGAAGAGAUUGACAAGCUGGAGAGCCGCAUCCGCGAGCUGGAGCAGGCCCUGCUGGCCAGCGCUGACUCCCUAGAGAAGGUUGAACAAAAGAAGCAGCAUGCAUCCAUCACAGAGGCAAGACAGUCCACACUGGAGGCUCAGCUACAGACGGAGAAAGAAGCUCUGGAGCGGAAAGAGAAGGAGAUCUGCAACCUGGAGGAACAGCUGGAGCAGUUCAGAGAGGAGCUGGAGAACAAGAGCGAGGAGGUGCAGCAGCUACACAUGCAGCUGGAGAUCCAGAGGAAGGAGAUCAGCAGCCAGCAGGAAUACUUGGAAACAAGGGAAAGCAUGCUCCAGGUGAUGGAGAAGAAGGACAGGGAUAUAGCACUUCUUAAUGAAAAGAUCUCUAAGCUCCAACACAUGGAAACAGCCUCUGAUAACAAGGAAAUUGAUCAGAGAGAUGAGCUGAUCAAAGACCUGGAGUCUCAGGUAGAGUGCCUGCGAAGUGAACAAGAACGCUUGAAGAGGAACAGCGAGGAGGAGCUCGACCAACUGAACGCAGUCAUAGACAAACUUCAGCAGGAACUGGCCAAUAUCGAGCAGAAGCAGACCACAGAGGAAGAGGAGGACGUAAAAGCUGAGUCGGAAAACACCUCAUGGGGGCCCAGCAAAGAGGAAUACGAUGAAAUGAAGCAGAAAACGGACCUGGCCACCAAAGAGCUCCACACGCUCAAAGCAGAGCACAGUAAGCUGCUGGAGACUUUAGCUGAGAGCGAAACACAGCAGAGCUCAGAGCUGGAGCUUGAAGAAGCUCUCAGGGAGAAAACAGCAGGCCUUGUAGUGUUUCAGGCUCAGAUUCAAGCUUUAGAGCAGAGCGCAACAACAAGAGUGGAAGAGUUGGACUUGCGUAUCCGGGAGCUGGAGAUGGUAGUGGAUGAAAAGGACAGCGAGUUGAGCCGCUGUCGCCUCCUUGUGGAGCAGACGCAAAGCCAUGCGGAUUCUCUCCAGGAGAGGGUCUCCAACCUGGAGAAGAACCUGAGGGAGAAGAUGGCUGCAGCGCUCGUCAGCCAGGCCACACUGGAGGCCUUCCAGCAACAGCAGUCAGACGACGCCAAAGAAAAGCAGGAGCAGAUCAGACAACAGGCGGAGUCUCACGUCUAUGACUUUGGCGACUUCGGCAUUCCUAAAAUGGAUUUCAGUGGAAUUGGUCAAGCGAGACAGGUCCCCACAGGGAAGGUGGUCCAUCUGACCCAGAGGCUGCGGGAGCUGGAGGUGGGACUGAGCGGGAUGCAGAAGGACCAGGAGCUCCAGAAGCAGCUGCUGUCCAGCUCCGAGGAGGAGGUGCUGGAGUACGAGAGGAGGCUUUCUGUGCUCAUGGAGCUGCUCAGUCAGAUGAAGGCCAAGACACCACAGAGGACUUCAGCCGCUGUGGGGGCCUCCUCUGCUGGUGAGCAGCCGUCUGUGUCAGCAGUUCUUCAGGAGCUGCAGGAGGUCCGAGACGAGGCCUCGGCCACCAAAGAGCAGCUCAACAUCUCCAAGGAGAGCUGCAGCAGACUGCAGGACGAGCUCAGAGAAAAAACGGUCACAGUAGAGAGACUGCAGGAACAACUUCAAAAGGUGUCGUCUGGAGACAAGCAGGAGACCCAGAUGUUCAAACGUGAAUUAACAGAGGCUCAGAAUGAGGCGGCUGCCACCAAAGAGGAGCUGAACAGCUGCAGAGAGAAAAUAGAGAAGCUACAGGAGCUACUGCAGGAGCGGGAAAUGACCAUUGCCCAACUGAAAGCAGAACUCUUCCAAGUAAAAGCUGACGAAGACAGAACUGACAUGGCAGAGCUGCUCCAGGAGCUGGAGGUCGUCAGAAAGGAUGCCGCUUCCACCAAAGAAGAACUGAACGCCUUCAGGCAGCGCAGCGAGAAACUCGAGGAGGACCACCAGGACCGGGAACUUUUCAUUUCUAACCUUAAAGAGGCGCUUCAGGAGGCGAGUAAGAAUGUGGAAACCACCAAAGAAGAAGUGAACAGCUACAGGCAGCACAACGAGAAGCUAAAGGACGAACUCCAGGUCCGUGAAGUUUCAAUUUCUACGCUCAAACAGGAGCUGCAGGAGGUGCGAGCAGCCCUGAUGAAAACAGCGGAGUCUAGUCCUCUGUCUCCUCAGCCCCUCCUCUCUACGUCCUCCUCCUCCUCCUCCACCACCCAGCCGAAAAGGAAAGGAGGCAAACAGCCGCCAGGAAAGGGAAGCAGCACUAAAGAUAAACAAGCCCUCACCAGGAAGACCUCCGCCAACUCCAGCCAGUCCUCCAACAAAUCUCAGAGCGCUCGUCUGAACAGCAGCUCAGAGCAGCAGCAGCAGGUGGAUGUAACACACUCGUUCACACAGACCCAACCUCCACAAGACGUCGACAAACCUGCAACCAAAGACGAGGUGGAAGAGGUGAUCGGAGAGUUCCAGGAGAAGAUUGUACAGAUGCAGGAGCUCCACGCGGCGGAGAUCCUGGACAUGGAGGCUCGGCACAUCUCAGAGAGCGAGAGUCUCCGGAGGGACGCUCAGGCCGUCGAGGAUGAGUGUAAGGCCCUCAAAGCUGUCAUCGAAAAACUGCGUUCUACUGAGGCCCCUUCAUCGAGACAGGACCGUCCCACACACCAGUUCAAAGAUGGCUACACAAGUGACAGCAGCUCAGACUACAGCCAGCGGACUGGAUUUGAUGUGCCGAGCUUACAUCAGGAGUUUAGGACAACUCCAGAGGGUGCGAGGAGAGAGACUGAUGAUCCACUGCCCGACCGAAUCAAGACGCUGCUCCGUGAGGUGCACCAGGAGGGCAUGCAGGUGCUCUCUCUUUCAGAGAUCCCUCUCUCUGAAAGUGAACCAGGCAGCCAGUUUAACAUCCAGGGGUGGGUGAAGGAAAGAGACGCCUUACUGGCAACGGUGGAGUCUCUGAAAGGUCUCAUCACACAGAUGCAGACACACAGAGAAACACAGACGUCAGGAGGUGUGGACUGGAGAGGCCAGGUGCUGGAUGCAGUGCAGCAGGUGUUCAUGAGGGAGCGCAGUGUGCUCAAGAGCGCCCUCUACAGCCAACUGGACCUGCUGGACACCACCGAUGCCAUCAUCCACCUCAACCAGCUGGAGCACAGACUGGCUGAACAGGAUGCCCAGCACAGAGAGGCGAUGGGCUCGCUCCACACUGCUGACAGGUCCAGUCUCAUCUCUGAGGUUCAGCUCCUCCGUGCUCAACUAGAGCAGCUACAUCAAGGUUCCCAGCCUGCCGCAUCAUCGGGUGGUGUCGAGUUCAGUGUGAAGGAGCAGAGGGAGGGAGGAGCUGUUCAUGGAGCAGCGGGGGCCGACGGGCUGCUGCUGGAGGAGCUGAGGGCUGAACUGUCCCAGACUAAACUGGAACUGGAGACGACGCUGAAGGCUCAGCACAAACACCUCAGAGAGCUGGACACACUCAGGGCAGAGGUAUCACAGAAGGCUGCUGAGGUGGACGCUUUGAACGACCAGCUGACGGAGGAGAGGAAGAGGAGCAGAGAUCUUCUGUGGGCCAUGGAGAAAGAGAAGUGUCGAACAGAGAGGAACAAGGACAGCAAACGAGAAGAACUGGAAGACCUGCAUCUCAGUCUGGAGGAGCAGAAGAGCCGCAUGUCGGAGCUGACUCUGACCCUGGAUCAGGAGCGUCAGGCCUCCUCUCAGAUCUCCCAGCAGGCCGAGCAGGAGCGUCUGAGCCUCCACAGGAGCAUCCAGGAGCUCCAGGUGCAGCUGGACACGGAGCGAGCCAAGGCUCUGGAGAUGAGCACUGCACUGGGGAGGGAGAGGGAGCUGCGGACCGGUGUCUCCUCAGACAGCGGAGCCUCCAAUGAGGCUGGGGAGGAGAGGAAAGGGCUCGAGGAGGAGGGGGGUCUGCUGGAGAGGCUGCAGAAGGAGCUGGAUGACAAACAUGCACAGGUGGUGCAUCUCCUCAGUCAGGUGGAGACCCAGAAGCUGGAGGUGGUUCGAAAGGAGGAGCAGCUGACUUUAGGGAGUCAGAGGUCGAGACGGGACCAGGAGGGGCUUCAGGAGGCUCAGACCAAACUGAAGAGACUAGAAGCACAAAUGUGUGAAACCCAGGAGCAGCUGGAGAGAGAGACGGAGAGGAGGAAGAGUCUGGAAGAGGAGAAGGAGAGACUGGAGGAGAGGCUGAACCAGGUUGGAGGUCAGAGAGGAGCUGAUGGUCACAGUCAGGCGGUCGUGCACAGCGAGUCCACCGACCGCACCAAAGACUGGGUGUUCCAGCAGAAGAGUGGAAAUGGUCAGGCAGCAGGCUCCAGCACAUCUACCCCCCUGGAGGUUUCUCCAGCCGGCCACAAGGUCCUCGGAAAACUCCACCUGAUCUCCUCGAAGAUCCGCAGCAUGGCGAGCAAGAAUACCGGCCGGAUGACAGCAGAGGUGGACACUGAAGAAUUAUCCUGGGUUCAGUCCAAUGUCGAUGAGGUCAUCACUAUGCUGAAACAGUCUGCAGGUCCCCCCUUCGUGCCUGAGCAGAGUGUUUCCCUGCCGACUGGAGGCUCCUCCAGCUCCUCAAAUUCCCUGACGGAGCGGUUGCUGAGACAAAACGCCGAGCUGACAGGAUUUGUCAGCCGUCUGACUGAGGAGAAGAACGACCUGAGGAACCACACGCUCCGCCUGGAGGAGGAGCUACGAAGAUACCGACAGGCUGGACUGGGCUCAGGGGAUAGUUUCAGCAGCAGGAGAGGAGUGUCGAAGGCGGAUUCGGCGGGUUUGCUGCUGUCUCAGGAGCGGGAGGCUUGGACCAGAGAGAGGAACCGCUUGGAGAAAGCUUUACAUCAGUCCCAGGCCCAGGUGGCCCGACUCAGGGGAGAGAUCAGGACUGAAACCCUGAGAGAGAUAACUGGUCCUGAGGCUGAUAACGCUGCACUCAAGAGGAUGUAUGGGAAGUACUUGAGGUCAGAAAGCUUCCGCAAAGCUCUGAUCUACCAGAAGAAGUAUCUGCUGUUACUGCUCGGCGGCUUCCAGGAGUGUGAGGAGGCCACGCUGUCGCUCCUCUCCAGGAUGGGAAGCCGGCCAUCGAUCUGCAGCCUGGACUCUCUCAACCAGCGCCGCAGGGGGCUGAUGCGCUUCCGCUCUGCAGUUCGAGUCUCUAUUGCCCUCUCCAGAAUGCGUUUCUUGGUGAAGCGAUGGCACAAAGCAACAGGGAUGAGCUCCACAACCUCCUGCAGCAUCACUAAGAACGGAGCAGGUCAAACAUUAGGUCCAGAGGUGAGAGACUCUCCUUAUCUUCACCCGGGCAGCGUGGAGAUGUACAGAGACAGAGGGAGCGCAGGAGGAGGAGGAGGAGUCUCCAGCAGCAGGGGGCGGAGUGGACGUGAAUCACCCAGAUCGGCUUCAGCUGUCUCUUCCACACCCCACAGGUUUCAUACGGCUGGAGACCCCGGAGCUCUCACCUGUUCCCACCUGCAGAGCUACGACCCCGACCGAGCGCUCACCGACUACAUCUCCAGACUGGAGGCGCUGCAGAGGAGGCUGGGGAGUGUGACAACAGGUGCUUCUUCAUAUGCUCAAUUGCACCUUGGCUUGAGAAGAUAAAUGCCGUCGAGAUAUUUUGGCUUGAAGAAACUCAGUUGCCUUUUCUCGUGCUGAGCGCUCUGCUGUUUUCUAUCAGUCAGCUGUGGACUGUUUCUCUCCAUGUGGACCAAAACCCAUUUUUUUUAUCCGUGUACGACAUGUUGUAUUCAGGCUAUUUGUCGCCAGCACUUGAAAAACAGCUAUGUUUGUAUUUGAAUCUGCCUCUCUGUUGUGGAUGAGCUUCAAUCACAUGUAUAUUUGUUUAAUGCUAAUUUAAGAACCUUGUGAUUAAUUUAUAUGUUUGUGUCGUAUGGGUGGAGCGUUACGUAGAGAAUGUUUGGGUUUCUUGUUAAGGAGGCUGCUACUGGAUGUUCUACACUACACUGUGUUUUGUUUAGGCCAGACAGACUACAGAGGACAUUUGUAGAGAACGUAUUUUUGUAAAGUGUAGGAGCUUUGAAUUUUCUGGGUAUUUUGUCAAAAACUGAAAUAAAGAGGACUACUUAUUUGAAAGA